AUGCAGGCUCUGUGGUCAAGAGCCGGCCAGUCCCACCGAUGCGGCUGUAGGCCCUGCAACAUUGCCCUGGCUGCGGCGAGAAGGCGAGCAGCAACGGCUGCCCGACGGCGCAAGCCGACCUUUGCCGAAUUAUUCACUGCAUGCUACAGCUCCGUCUUCGCCACCGCCGCAGUCGUCGACGCCAUACGGAAAGAGGAUCGCCGACGCGACCUCGACCGUCUGCUGGAAGAGGCCCGCCGGGACCUGUCGGACCUGCAAGAUCGCGAGCCAUUCGCCGCUCCGGAAGGCGAUGCCAGGACGCCCGACUUGUCCAUUCAGCAGAUGGACGCCCUCUGGCGUUGCCUCAAGACGAUAUACAAAACCAGACCCUACAUGAAAGAGAUACAUAAGCCCGCCACCGUCACUGCCUCUCAGCUUUUCGCGAGCCUGAGAAGUGAGCGCUACGGCUGUCCGUCGGAAGAAACCCUGCGCGCUGCCAGCAGAACUGACUACGAGGAGCUCGAGAAGGCUGUCCUGGCCGAUGAAUCCGACGAGACACUCCUCUCGCGCGAGGCGCUGAACAAGGUGCAGCUGCUUCGCGAAUCCACAUCCGUCAAGCAUCUCGUCAACAAGUUCCUGGCUCGCACCCUCAAGGUCGAUAAACAGCCCGGCACGACCCCGUCGUUUGAAGAGGCGUGCAUCUUGGCAAAGACGAGCCAAACGACGUACACAUUUCGAAGCAUCGAUAGCGAAUGGGCGAAACGCAAUACCGUGCUCCUGAACCGACAAUUGAGAUCCAUCAUGAACAAUCCGGAUCUCCGGGUCAAGGAAAAAAUGGGCAGGGUCUGCUACAACCUCCUCAUUUCCGCGCAUGCAGCAGACAUGCAUACAUACAAUACGCUCAUCGUCGCGUUCGACAAGGCGGGACUGCACGGCUUUGCUGACGCGCUGGUCCAUUCCUUUUUCCACGAGCGUCUACUACGACCCACGCCAUCCACAUUCGUCGCCAUCCUUAACCACUACAAGGUGACCAGGAACCAUGGCAGAUUUCUCUACGCCCUCGCCUGUAUAACGGGUGUCGACUGCAGGACCGGCGGGAAGCUAAGACGGAGGCAUGUCGAGGACGUCGAGCGCAGCCCCAUGCUUCUCGACUGGGCCUUGGACGUCCGGCUGCGGACUCUGAGCGGAUCCUGGGUGUGGGAGCACGUUCCGCCGACCCGAGCCUUGGUGGAAGAGGCUAUUUACGGCCUGCUGCAUUUCAAACUCUUUGAGCAGGCCGCCUCCUUCUUCCUCACGUGCGUGCGGUGGGGGGUUGGCCUGAGCACAAAGGUGGUCAAGCAGGUGCUGGACGAGUGCGUGGUCGCCAUGGACUGGAAAGGGGCCCUUCAAUUAAUACGUGGCCUAAUGACGUGCAAAAAACAGUGGAAGGUGAUGCUGUUGACGGGAGACGGCGCCACAGACUGGUACUUGAUCAGUCGCAUCUACGCCUUGCUCGAUCUCUGCGGCCUGCGUAGCCCCGGAGGGCGGGUGUCCGCCGCCUGCUUGGCCAACCUGGACAUAUCGGGAUCGGAGCUUGGCGGACUGAUGGAAGCCCUGGAGGAGCAGGUGUCGGAACUCGACCGGAUGUGCCUCCCCGCGGCCGACGCUCCAGCGACCAAGGCCGUCAAGGGUGGGCAAGAGGGGGCAUGCCCGAAGACCAGGCUUAUGCAAAUCGAGAGCGUCUGGAAGGACUACGUCUACGUGAGGAAGACGACAAGCUCCAUUGAAAGCAAACUGCUGAAACCCGACUUUUCGAUCGAGUUCCGCACUUCGAUGGCGUUGCAUAUCGGAAAUGCCGCUGUCCAGCGAGCCAUUCAGCUCAGGCAGGAGACGGAGCAGCUGGUGGGAACGGCCACCUUCCAAAGCCCCGGGUGGCAAGGAUUUCGGCAAGGGGCAGCCGUGGGCAGCGUGCCAAAGCGAAAGCGAGGAUCAGUCGGCAGUACCGGUGAGGGAUCGGAGGCGUGGAAAUUACAACCGGACAUGACCAAACCCAAGCCACGGAUGCACGAGGUUGAAGUAUCACCAGCAAGCAUCUCGGAGGUGCUGACUCGGCAGCGGGCGAGAGCGUAG